UCAGUUUGAACAUUCAAUAUCUUCGUAGUCUUUGUAGUGUAUUCAAUGAAAUAUAGGUCGAACAUGAUUUGCAAAUCAUCGUAUUGUGUUUUUAUUUCUGUUUACCACAACGUCCCAACUUCCUUGGAAUUGGGGUUGCCUAUUUUGGACUUUCAACGCGUUCUGCCUUCACUUGUAUGACAAUUUGCCACUGGGUGGAAGGAAAAUACUUAAGACAUUUUUCACAUGUACACUGUUAGACAUUCGUGUAAAUUUGACAGUUAUUUACCACAUACGGUCAAAUACUUUAAAGCGAUUUGACAGUAAUUAACUACAGUUUCCACUGUAUCGUGGGAUUUUGGUCGACGUCACACGGGGAGCUACAGUAUUUUGCAUGCGGCGCAAUUGUGAGGCCGUUUGCUCCCAGCACGCGUCGCGCCAUCAAAUGUGGAACUGUCGCCAUUGAUGAUGUAGGUUUACGUUACCCGUAGUUCGUUGAACGCGUGUCUUCGUAGAACUCGCGUGUUCCUUUUUUUCAUAAAACCCUGACUGUGAGUCGCGUGCAAUAGAGCGACAUCCCGCCCGUGUGCUAAGUGAAGCUAAGAUUAACGCACCACAACGAAUAGAAACAUCGAUUUGAAAAGUGUUCCUGUAAUCAAGUGUUGCCAGUGAGCGAGUGUAAAAACCCUCCGAGAUGUCGAAGAGGGUUCGAUGUGCUCCAUCGUGCAGACACGAUGCAUGUGCAAAGUUUCUUUGCACGCUAAAUGCAAAGCAGUUGUCCUUUAUUCGUUCCUUUUGAACGAGUUGGAUGGCGACUGCUAUUUGCUGAUUAUGUAUUUUCUUUUCUCUCUUGUUACUUGUUGGUUGCUCGUAUUCUUUUGAUUGCUGCUGCCGUGUCAAUCAAAUUCAAUGAAGUCUCCCUCUGCGCGCGGGACCAAAAGCGGUUCCUCCAACGCGUCAGCAGCCGAAGAAGCCUUUCGGGUCCCGAUGUCUUACUUUGAAGGCGGCGUGGCGGAACUUCCCGUGGGUAGCGGACACGAGCUCGGUCCGCACGUCGGCGUUAGCGCGCGCGCUCUCGAGGGCAAACUGCGGCGGCGCGGCCCGAGAUGGCAGCAGGACGCCAUGGCCGCUGAGCACAAAGCGAGCCGCGCGGACGGCGACGCCACCGGGAGCCGCGGCAUGACUCGGGCGUCGGCGGCCGCGAGCCUGGCCCUGAGCGCGCUCUCGCUGCUGCUGCUGGUGACGGCCAUCGGUACCGACCACUGGUACGAGACGGACACGCGCCGCCACCAGGACAACUGCGAGCGGCAGGGCGCCGACUCCAACGCGCAGCAGAACCGGGACAUGCCCAUCUACCACCUGCCGCUGCUCGACACGGGCGUCGGCGGCGGUGGCGGUGGUGGUGGCGGCGGGCGCGCGCGCGACGUCGCGCUCCUGAAGUCCGUGCACGUGGGCAGCCGCGAGGACGAGCUCCUGGAGAACUGGCGCGCCAUCCUGGGCAUGGGCAUCCUGGAGACCGAGUGCGGCCGGCCGCUCUUCUCCACGCACGCCGGACUCUGGAGGAAGUGCUACUUCGGCGGACUGGACCCGGACAUCGACAAGCUCGUCGACAGAGGUAUUGCAGAGCGCUGCACAGCAGUCAAGUAUCAUUUCUCUCAGCCAAUCAGGUUAAGGAACAUCCCUCUGAACCUGACCAGGAGCAUCCAGCAGGAUGAAUGGCAUCUGCUGCACCUGCGCCGCAUCACGGCCGGCUUCCUGGGCAUGGCCGCCGCCGUCCUGCUGUGCGGGAGCGUCGUCACCGGCGUCGGAUUCUUCUGGGAGGGAAGCCUCACGCGACACGUGGCCGGACUGCUCUUCCUCAUGGCGGGAACCUUCUGCGGCAUUUCGCUGUGCACGUACGCGGCCAGCGUGACCUACGACCUUUCCAGGAAGCCACCCUUCAUCUAUGGCCUCCCCGCCGACGUGGACCACGGCUUCGGCUGGUCCGCGGGUCUGGCGGGUGCCGGUCUGGCGCUCAGCGUGGCGUCCGGGUGCCUAGGCGCCGCCUUCCCGCUGCUCAGCCGAAGCACGGGACCCCCGCGCCGCAAGGCGGGCCCCCGCCCCUCGGCUGUCUGAGGGUGAAAGCGAUGCUGGUUUGACCUGUACGGUUGCCGUGGUAACUGUUCUUUCUUCAACUGUAAAUAAUGUCAGCGGGAGUCAUGUGACACGUGCUGAAUUCUAAUAAUCGUCGUAAUAUUGCAGCGAAGCCCCGUUUAUUUCGCAAUGUGGAAGAAAAAACAACUUUGAAGUUUGACUAUAAAGAUGACAAAUAAAACAAAAGAGAAACAAACAUCAAAAUGCUCAACCAAACCACACCGUUGGUCGACUAGCUUCAUGCUAACGUAUGAUGCGAAAUGGCAUAGACGGCUAAUGAAAAACACUCGCACACAAUUAUAUAGACACACAUGAACACACAUUAGCACACACGCCACAUAUUUGGGUAGUCUAACCAAAGUCUGCUCGCUUAAUGCUAACCUAUAAUGUGAAACGCCAUAGAUGGGCUAUUGAAAAUGAGCAAAAUGAAGGGUAGUUCUAAACCUUAAAACAACAGCUACAUGCAAACAGAAUGUACGUCGUCUUGCAUCUCUUCCAGUGGAGCUCAGUGCUGCCACCUGACAUGUUGUGGCACAAUGUGGUACAACACUGAAGACGCACAACUCCAAAUUCCAACUUGCCUGCAUACUAACAAAAAAAAACAAAAAACUGUUGAUAUUGAGUGGGGAGCACACGUCUUUGAUGACAUCAUCUUCCUUGGCGUGGCCACAAGAGGAAGUGGGUGGGGACACUUGUUCAAGUCCUGAUGAUUCCAUUUGUUUACCUGCUGUUACCAUGACAACCCGUUAUUUGACACACUCACGGCAGGCCUUUUAAAGGGACGGUACGCGCUUGAUGGGAAUGCGGGAUGCGGACACGCAAGCCGGACGGCUGAUAGCACGCACACGCAUUAACAUACAUGCAAACACUCACACACAUUCGCACACUACAUCAGAAUCAGAAUCAUCUUUAUUUGCCCAGUAUGUCAAAAACACACAAGGAAUUUGUCUCCGGUAGUUGGAGCCGCUCUAGUGCGACAACAGACAGUCAAUUGACAGAGACACACAAACACACACAUUAACACACUCUCACAAAUUAACACAAAAACACGCACGCACCCAUAUUAACACACAACAAUAAUCAUCAUAUACAUAAUAAUAAUAAUAAUGCUUUAUACUUAUGCGUUUGUAGACACUCCAAGAUGCUUUACAAUUGCACAGAUUCACUGCAGGGGGCAGAAGCGUGGCUGCCAUUCUGCUCCUACGGCCACCACCAAACAUCCAACCGCAUUCGCUCGUAGGCAAUGACGCGCUCGGACGGGAAUACGAACCGGCGAGCCUCCGGUCGCAGGGCGCAUGCUUAGCCGCUGCGCCACGCCGCCUGCAUGCACACACACAAAUUAACACUCAUUAACACACACAACAGAUGCGCGCGCACAUUGACAAGCACUUGUGGCAUGCAAAGUGGGGGGCGGACAGGGCGGCGGCCCCCGGCCAUCCGCGGCUGUGCGUCGCUCGCCCGCCCUCGACAAAUAUAUUUGGGGGGCCACUGACACACACACAAAUUAACACACACGCCAAGGCUCGAAAUACAAAAUAAUUCUUUGAGGAGCUAAUUAUUUCUUCAUUUGAGGAGCAAUUUUUUUGCAGCUUAAUCGCAUAGGGAACAGAAGCAAGGAUUUUAUGAAACAAUUCCAAUUCGACACUAUAACGAGGGAGUUGAAUGUACGACUGCAACGAAUGAAUAUUUUAGUAGUCGAGCAUCCUACUGAAAAUUCUAUCCAACAAUCGAGUAUUUGGAUAAACUACAUUUUUACUUGGUUAAAGAGGAAUUUUGAAUACAAAAAGAGAAAAUAUGUACUUUCACUUAAUAACAUGCCGAAUUGGUUUCUUUUUUAUAUAAUCAACAGUUUUUAUUUCUUAAUUUCACAUUGUGCAUAAAAGGUUGGGUAUCAAUUUAAAAAAACGCAUGAACAGCCCUCGUGCAUCUUGGCUUAAGCAGCUAGCAUUUUAGCAUUUUGCGACAUGAAUACAUUAGGCUCCUGGCAAAUUUUGAAAGUGUUGAAUUUGUUCAAACUAAAAUGAAGAAACCUCGAGAGAAAACAAGUAUUACCUUCAUCUGACUUUACAAAACCCCUCCUCUGUUUGGGUACAUGAUCAAUUUUACUCUUAUUCCUCUCUUGCCACAUUUGCCAUGUUUUUCACUAGGCCUGCCUGUCACAAUAACACAAAUUUUAAGACGAUAUAUUUUCCUAAAAAAAUAUCUUGAUAAACGAUACUAUGUUGUUGGUUUUUUUUGCCUCUGAAAUCCUGAAAAGUGAAGUAAGUAAAAGCCCUCUGGACUGCAGCGGGUCCACUGAAGAUGAGCGAGCCCUUCAGCUUUCAAUCAAACAUGCGUUCGCUAACUUUGCUGUAGUCGACUACUGGCUGAGGUUAUGCUUAAUAAACAUGAUCUUCCGUG